ACAAGAUCAUGGACACCAAGGCCGUCGACGGCGAUGCGACCAAGGUAUUGCAGCGCGCUUCAAAGCAAGUUCAGACUGCCACGACGAAGAAGCAUGCGCUUACUCGAACCGAAGUGUUCAACCUGUUGCAAGAAUGCUUCGCACCAGAAGCCACGACGCCUUGCAAAAUCCUUGGGUUUCGCUUGGCGGGGUUGGCUCCUUCCUGUAUCACGACAGAAGUGUGGCAACUUAUCCUGGACGCGGCGGUGAAGGAGCUUGCGGGAGCGGCUGCACAGGGUGCCGCCCCCGUGUUGGUGCAUUCGAUUCCCGUGUUCGACGUGCUGCCACUCACGCUGACGUUGGGUUUCCUUCAGCAGCAAGAGAUGGAACCCCUCAAGAAGAUCCAAGCCUGUGUCAACCACGAGUCCAUCGACGUACGGUGCGUGGCGCUGGCCACGUUCAGCCGCGUGAGCAUCCUCUGCACCAAAGUUCUGUUUGCUCGUGGCUUAACUCGGUUCCCUUUCGACUCGAACGAAGCGCGGAUCGUUGCCCAGCAAGACGUUACGUCCAUCCUCAUCGACAUUUGGAAACUCAACCUCCAAGCCGCCGAAGCGGAAGCGCCAGAAGUCGCGGCGGUGGCCUUCUCGAACCUGGCGCAUCUGUUUGGUCGCAGUCAUGCCAUCCGCAGUCUGUCCAGCCAGCACCCGCGACGACAAGAAGGUGGACUAGACGAACUCGUUUCGUGGCUGUUUGAUCAAGCAUACCCUCGCUUUGGCAUGUUCAAAGCCAAUGCGCAGUUACUCCCAAUGAACUCGCAGCUGCACGCGAUGAAGUGGUUGAGUAUGGUCGCGUACAUGUUGAUGCAAAAGAGCGGCGCGUGCACUCCUGGCAUCGCCAUUGCCAUCGUGGAGCUGGACGCAACAGCAGCUGUGGACGACAACAAGGGCACGGUUAGAGUGCGUGCAGAUUUGGUCGCCGCCGAUCUCGUCGAGUCGUGGUGCCUCCCAGCUUAUGUGAACGCGUCGCUGACCCAAGCGUAUCCAAUCUGCGAAGCCAUUGCCAUUGUCAUGCAGCAUCCAUUGCAAACGUACAACCGAUUGCAAUGGUCGUCGGUGCUCGUGUCCCGACUCACGGCCAUCAUUCGCUCGUCCACGAUGACACGGCAACGUCACGACGUGAUCCGCGUCCAGGUGCUUCUCUUGGACUGGACCAACACUUUGGACUUCACCAAUGUCGUGGGACCGGCCCUCGACUCGAUCGCCGGGCUCGAAAACCCAACCACCCGUCUCGGUUUAUUGUACGACCUGUGGCAUGCCAUGGUCGCUCGAGUUUGCCGCAAACGGCAGUUUGCCCUCCUCGACUCUAUCUGCGCGAGCUCGUACUUUCACGGACUUCCUUUGGGCCAGGUCAAAGGCAAGUCGAGCCAAGCGUACGAGAUUUUUCGGGCGCUGGUCGAAGCCCUGCUCUUUUGCAGCCACCCGAAUCACCCCCAAGCCCGCCUCGUCGUGCUUCAGCAGUUUGUGGCGGUCCUCGCCAACAAAUCCACGACGGACCUCCGCACGGCCACGCUGGUCUUGUUCACGGCGCUCCUGACGCAGCUGUGUCAAGAUAGCAGCCCCGCGCCGCCAGUGCUGGACUUUCUAAGCAACGUCGUGCUUCCGUUGGCCCCCAAGGUGCCGUCGCCCAACGUUCGUGUGCAAUUGUAUUGGCUUGGGCUCAAGUUUGCGCCCAACCAUACCGGUGGCGGCGGUCAUAGCCAUACGAUCAUGGCGUGGGUCGAAGUCGAGUUGUUAGCUCUCCAAACGUCCAAGGACGGAGCGGGGCUGCCGUCAUCGACCACGUACAACGACGGGGUGCUGGGGGGCGGGGACGAGAACGUCCACACGGUAGACGUGCAUGUCCUUGGUCGGUUCUACGCCCUCCUCCAGUGUCUCCGCUGCCUCUUGGCCAAGGACGCGUCGCUCAAGCAGCGCGCGGUGCAAAUCCUUGCGCAAGUCCGCGUCCGCAACAGUAUUCACCGCGUCAUCUCCGACACCGUUGUCCAAACCAUCGAAGACAUGACGGGCAUGGGGUCCCGGGGUCACGUGUUGUCGUUGGAGCUCGCGUCGGCGUUCGUGUUGCCAGAGUUGUUUUCCCCAGCGUCGCUCUUCCCUUGCCGGUCGUCCGGGUUGGCUGCGACAACGGGGCCUGUCGUCGCCCAGUGGACAGAGGAGGUGGAGACAGUCGUGACAGGGUCGUGCGACCCACUGUGUCUCAAGAUUUCGUACCGGGAGCCGGAAGAUUAUCCGGAGGACAUUGCGUUGUGCGUGACGUGCUGCAACGUGAGCAACGUGUCGUGGAGCGACUUUUCGAUUGGCGUGGGUGUGACGGGCCCCGUGACGCUCGUGGACACGUCCAACAACAUGCAUAUCCGUGUGACGGGCGAAGUGAAACCCCAUGGCAUGUUCAAGUCGGAGAAGCUAUUUCGAUUUAGUCGGUUCAGUCGCGCGCGGUUCUACUUUCGAGUCGAGUUAGAAUCUGUAACCUCCUCCCCGGAGGUUCCUGCGACGGUGAUGGGGCUCACGAACCCGUAUCACAUGCCAUUUGACGCGUUGUUUCACCUGCCCGACUCGACCCUGUGGACGGCCGCGUACUUCCAGAUGGCGUGGCAAACAGCGGAAACCAACAAGGUGUACAAGAUCCAAGCGAAAGCAACCAAGAGCGUCACGCCUCACCACCGCCACGCCAAAGUCGCGUAUGUCGCCGACGUGAGCGUGGCCACCGAUUGGUUUGUCCAAAUGGCGUUUUUAACGUGGACCAAAUGGAACGAGUGCGUGUGCGCAACCAUUUCCGUCGCCCGGGACGACGCCGCCAACUUGUGGCAUGGUACGAUGGAGGUGCGGUCGACCGAUGGCGUCCUCAUGGAGGUGGCCAAAGCCCCUCGGGACUUCCUGGGCGUGCUGGUCAAGUCCACGUUCGAUUUGACCGAAGACAUCGUCGUGGAGCGGCCCGCGGCGUGUGUGAGCCCUCGCCACCGUACGUAUGGUUUGAGUUGGACUAUUAUUGCGUCGGUGACAGCAUAUGUGACGAGGUAAUUGUGUAGAAAUCGUCAAACGGGCGGUGAGUGUGGACGUGAUGGCGAAAGAGAGCGCGGUGACGACGCCCACCGUGACGCGCCGCGCCCUCAUGAGUUUUUUUGGGGGGAAAUAGUAGCGUUCGCGUUUUAUAAGUAAUAUACGUCUAGGUACAUAUUGAGUCACGCCGUUCUGAUUGGUUGAAUAUACUU